AUGAUUUUUGAUUUUGAUUAAGAAGCUAUUUCAUAAAGAAAAACAAAACUCUAGUUAUUGUUAAAUAGGAAUAAUAAUAAGUAGAGAUUUUUUUGUUAUCGUCAACAUUAAAUAGUAAAACAAGCAUUCGAACCUCCUAAAAGAGUUUUUUCAUAUUCUCGAUCUAUACGACAUUUCUAAGAGAUAAUGUCUAAAACAGGAUCUAUAAGUUUGAAUAAAAAGGCUAUCACUUUAUUUCUAAAAAGAGAUGAUCAAGCAGAGAAGCGGUCUUAUGAUGAGAUAAUAAAAGUUACAAACUCAAAGUUGAUAUAGACUGAUAAUAUAAAUCAAGAUGACUAUGGUUUUAGGACAGAAAGAAAUUAUUUGUAAAAACAACAAUCGCCAUAUAUCAAAUAAAGAAAAUUCAGUUAGCAUCUAAACAUUAAAGAUAAAGUUCCAAAUAAACCCUAUAUUUAACAGACAAUAGAGAGGUCUGUAGUUUCGACUUAUAAAAACAGCAGAAGUUCAAAAAAACAUACUUUUCAAAAUGAAGUUUUACAAUAAAAAAUGAACUAGAUGUUAACUCAAAAAAUUACAGAAUAAGAGCAACAAUACUGCAAGAACAGACAGAAACAAAUUGAUCUUUAUUCGAAUGAUAAUAUAUUUACAACAAUAACUCAUAGAUAUUGA